CGGGUUGUUGGGGGCAGGAAAAAAGGGGGAGAAGAGUCGGCGGCGCUCUUGGAGUAGCAGAGGGCUGCAGAUUAAAUUUCUGCCCCACAGCAUUCCCUGAGGUGAACCAAGCUUGAGGGAGAGCACAGGGGCGCAAGGGAAGACAGUGGGUGACCUACAAACAAGCUUAACUAUCUUAACUUCACCCGGGGCUGCAGAUUAACACCGCAGCUGCCCCUGAAGAAGCCACGCUGCCUCCACCCCUCACCUCCCGAACGUGACUCGUGACGGAGGGACACUUGGGAGGGCUUGUCUCAACAUCGUGAUGAGGGAUUUGAUUCACAAACUGCUGAAGAAGGAGGAAAGGGUGACGACAAAAGGCACCUGGAGGCGGUGGUACAGUCAGAGAGACAUGGUCACCUUUUGGCGGAGUGAUUAAUUUGGAUCAGGAGGCAGGAGGACAGGUGAAAGGAGGAGACCAGCCUCAGAACAAAGAGACAACGAAAUUAAAACAAGAGAGAAAAGAUUCAGGGCCGACCGAUGGAUAAUCAAGACAAGGAUGGUGGGAUAGAUGGAGGAGGGGGGGAGCCAAAAGACAAACAAAAAGCUGAGGAGGUUAGUGAUGAAAACAAGCGGACCAAAGACAAGAAUAACAAGAUGGAGAAGGAGAGCGGUGAGAAGGAGCCGAGGGCGGAGGCCAGGAGGGAGAACCGUCGGCAGUGUCACUGGAGGAAUGGCUGGGCUCUGUCUGAACGCCUGGCCAUCAAUGUGUCAGGGAUGCGUUAUGAAACCCAGCUCCGCACUCUUGCUCAGUUCCCCGACUCCCUGCUGGGUGACCCCCGCCGCCGCCUUCGCUACUUUGACCCCUUGCGAAAUGAACUCUUCCUGGACAGAAACCGAGUCUGCUUCGAUUCCAUCCUCUACUUCUACCAGUCAGGUGGGAGGCUGCGGAGGCCAGCCAACAUCCCCCUGGACAUGUUCCUGGAGGAGCUGCGCUUCUACGAGCUCGGGGAGGAGAUCAUCGAACGCUUCAAGGCCGACGAAGGCUUUGCCAAGGAGGAGGAGAGGCCUUUACCCGCCAAAAAGUGGCAGCAGCGCAUCUGGAUGCUGUUUGAGUAUCCGGAGUCGUCCAGUGGAGCCCGCAUCAUCGCUAUCAUCAGCGUCAUGGUCAUUGUGCUCUCCAUUCUAAUCUUUUGUCUGGAGACUCUGCCUGAGUUCAGAUAUGAGAAGGAACGGAGAGAGCAGUCCAUUACUAUCACUCACAACAACCUGAAUGAAACCAUCACGGUCCCAUCUGGGUUCACUCCUUUCCACGACCCAUUCUUCAUAGUAGAGACGAUCUGCAUCUGCUGGUUCUCCUUUGAACUCAUCAUGCGCUUCAUCAGCGCUCCGAGCAAGGUGCACUUCUUCAAGGACAUCAUGAACAUCAUCGACUUCUUUGCCAUCAUGCCUUAUUUUGUCACGCUGGGCACGGAGCUGGCAAAGGACAAAGGCUCGCAGCCGUCAGUGUCCCUGGCCCUCAUCAGGGUCAUCAGGCUGGUGAGAGUCUUCAGGAUCUUCAAGCUCUCUCGUCACUCCAAAGGCCUCCAGAUCCUGGGCCAGACGCUGAAGGCCAGCCUGCGAGAGCUUGCCCUGCUCAUCUUCUUCCUCUUCAUUGGCGUCAUCCUCUUUUCCAGUGCUGUCUACUUUGCUGAGGUGGACAGUCCUGGCACGCUCUUUACCAGCAUACCUGAGGCUUUCUGGUGGGCCGUGGUGUCCAUGACGACUGUCGGCUACGGGGACAUGUGUCCAGGGACCGUUGGAGGAAAGUUGGUGGGAUCCAUGUGCGCAAUCGCCGGCGUGCUCACCAUCUCUCUGCCCGUGCCUGUCAUUGUGUCCAACUUCAGCUACUUCUACCACAGAGGGAUGGAGUGUGAGGACACUAGGGAGUACCACCAUAUCACAACGUCGCUCUGGGAAAAGGACAGAGGGGACGACGAAGAGGAAGACGAUGAGGAAGGAAUGGAUGAGGAACCUGAAUACAUUGCAGAUUACGCUCCCUUGUAUGAGCAGAACAGGCCUGUCUGCCCUCUGCUCAACAGGAGUCUGCUGGCUGGGCUUUGUUCCGGACAGGCAACUGGUGAUCAGAGAGGGAUAAACUUCUACCUUAAAGAACCUCUGGUCACUCAGGUCUGACCGGCACAGCGGCUCUAGAUUUACACUGAAACAACAAGGACGAAAGCAGCAAUGGCAGCGUAAUGCAUGAAUGCUGACACAAACCAGGAUUGUGCCUCUCAUGUGAUCUAGGUUUUUACCUCUGAGUCUUUUGGGUGUUUACAGGAAGCAUCUGUAUAUAAAUCUUUGAUAUAACUCAUAUUUCCAAAUACUUCAAGGCAUAGUCUAUCCACCUCAAAUAAAAGAAAUCCAGCAGCUGCACAGAAAAAUAACUCGCAGCCCCUUUCUCUGUGUCCCUAGCAAAACAAAUAUGUAUGUGUCUCCUUGUAUCUCGCUGCAAGUCUUACCCCAUUUAUAUAUACCCCAUUUACCCCAACAAAAUCCUAUAGCACAUACCGAUCAGGCAUAACAUUAUGACCUCCUCUCUAAUUUUGAUUCUGACUCAUCAGAGAAUGGACAUGGGCCUUCUGAGGGUGUCCUUUGGCGUCUGGCAACACAAUGUUGUUAGUGGGAAUCUUUGGGUCCCGUGGUUUGAGGAGAGACACCUGAUCAGUUUGGGAUCUAGUGAUCUAGUGAAUUUUGAGGCCAGGUCAACACCUUGUGUUGUUCUACAUGUUUGUGUCUGUGUCAGGACGCAUCCAGCUGGGAUCAUUAGGGAGUGUAACAUCCACAUGAAUAUCAGGUCCAAAGGUUUCCAAGCAGAACACUGAAUUGUCACAAAAUGAUCAAUAUUAUUUACUUCUCCUGUCAGUGGUUUUAAUGUUGUGGCUGAUCGGUGUAAAUGCAGUACAGAAAGUAAAGUUUCAUUGAAAGGAGAUAUUUUACUGGAAUCUGUAUAUCUCCUAUUCCUUGUAUGAUUAGCUUUGAACAAAUUGAAUUCUCUUACCAUCUAGGUAAGUUGGGCCAAAAAAUCUAAUUAAUUUAAUGUAAUUUAUUUUAUAUAUACCAAAAAAAAAAAAAAAAAACUUGGAAAAUGUGGAACUUGUUUUUCAUUCCAGCAAAUAUUAAAUUCAGUCACAAGUGUAGAUCAGGACUACUUGGCGGAAACACUGACGCUAAAAAAUAAAUGUAAACUACGAACAGAACUGUGACCGACGCCUCUGCUGCUGUAACAUGAAGUUAGAGAGUGAGACAGACGUCCAAAGAAGAUAACUUCAUCAUUUGCUCCUCUACUCAUACAGCAGGUGAAUGAGUGGGUGUCGAUGCCUUAUACUUGUCAGAGUUAUGGCACAAAUGCGGUGCUGCAAUCUCACACUGACUACGACUACAAAGAAGUUGCACACCGGCUGACCGCGGUGCAGACAGAGUACAUGUCGUUGGUCCAGAUCCAGUUUAUAUGUUGCGCAGCUAAACAGUGAAACCGAUACAGCUCAGAUACGGAGAAAUCUGAUCUCUGGUCUGACAUCGUUCAGAGGCAGUUGACUUUUUUGUCACGGCGGAGAGGCUGAUCCAGGGGCUUCUGCCCCAGCGAGACAUUUCUUGAACAUCACCAGUGACCUCACCUUUCUCUGUAAAACUACACAGUGUGAAUGUUUUUUAAGUCUUAAACACUUUUUAUUGGUGUGAUGAAGGUGUGGAAAUUAAGGAGUAGAGAAGACAUAUCAAAAACAGAAGAGACACUAAGAGGCCAUAUAUAUAUUAUUUAUCAAUUAUAUGUCAACGUAUUUGCAUUUAUAUUAUCUGUAAAUGGUUCAUUCUUAGAUGAAUGUCUCUAACUGAGAUGUCAGUUAGUCUGAUGUUAUGUUCAUACUGAAACCCAGAUUCCCACAGAGCUUCAGAGGUUUGUGGCGUUCGGCAGAACGUUAUGGAGUCUGUGUAUAUUUUGUCAAACGUGUCAGUGUUUAGUGGGCUGAAAACAGACAAGGGGUUUAUUUUAUUUGGAGUUUUUGGGGGUGAUAUUGAUACUGCUACUUGCCAAAGUGUGUUCAUUCUCAAAUAGGAAACACACCACCGGUCAAACGUUUGGACACACUUUCUCACUGAAGUGUCCAAACUUUUGAUAUUCUUUGCCUUAAAGCAGCAGUGAAACUCAAUGAAUGUAGAAAAAGCCUCUGCAUUUUGUCCUGACCGUGUGAAUGUAGUGUGGCCUGCAAGUUUCGUGAUGCAGUUAUGUAUAUGUAUACGUCUUCUUUUACUUAAGUAAAGGUCAUAUUUGAUCACUCA